CUGGAGCCUCAGGGCGAGGGAGGACAUGGCCGCCCCCACCUGCGCACCAGCCCCGCCUCAGCGUCAGCCGCCCUGUCACGGGAAGGAUCAGGCUGCCCGCCAGUGCAGGACUGGGGAAGGCGUCGCGAUAGUGCGCCAUGUCGCGACAGGGAGGCUGUCAAACCUCGAUCCCCCCCUUUGAGCGGGAAUGGUUCGCCCUACACCCCCGCCAGGCAGGGGGUGGUUCAUCCCGCGCCCCGCGGAGCGCGGCCGGACCGCACCACUGCGCGCUGCGGGAGGAGGGGGCGGCGCCCACCACCGCGCCGGGAGGGGGAGCUCCUCCCCCCCGUCCGCCCGCUGCCCAUCAAAGCGCGCCGCCGAGCCAAUCAGCGCUGCCCUCAGGGGCGCGCCCGUGACGUACGGGCUCAUUUGCAUAGAGAGCCCCGCCCCUCAGCCGACGUCACCCGGGCUCCGCAUCUGCUGCAGUCGCUGCGGGGAGGAGGCGGCGGCGCGAGCGCGGCAGAGAUGGCGUCCGCUACCGACUCCCGCUAUGGGCAGAAGGAAUCCUCGGACCAGAACUUCGAUUACAUGUUCAAGAUCCUGAUCAUCGGCAACAGCAGCGUGGGGAAAACCUCCUUCCUGUUCCGGUACGCCGACGACUCCUUCACGCCCGCCUUCGUCAGCACCGUCGGCAUCGACUUCAAGGUCAAGACCAUCUACCGGAACGACAAACGCAUCAAGCUGCAGAUCUGGGACACGGCCGGGCAGGAGCGGUACCGCACCAUCACCACCGCCUACUACCGCGGGGCCAUGGGCUUCAUCCUCAUGUACGACAUCACCAACGAGGAGUCCUUCAACGCCGUGCAGGACUGGUCCACCCAGAUCAAGACCUACUCCUGGGACAACGCCCAGGUCCUGCUGGUGGGGAACAAGUGUGACAUGGAGGAUGAGCGCGUGGUCUCCUCGGAGAAGGGCCGCCAGCUCGCCGAGCACCUGGGGUUUGAGUUUUUCGAGGCCAGCGCCAAGGACAACAUCAACGUGAAGCAGACCUUCGAGCGGCUGGUGGACAUCAUCUGCGAGAAGAUGUCGGAGUCGCUGGACACGGCCGACCCCGCGGUCACCGGCGCCAAGCAGGGCCCCCAGCUCACGGACCAGCAGGCCCCCCCUCACCAGGACUGUGCCUGCUAGGGGCCAGCCCCUCCCCAAAACCCCCCAAAAACCGGUCAGUGCACCCCAACCCCCCCCACCCCGAGCUCCUCCUCUUGGGGGUCCCGCGGGGGUUUUUGCUGCUGAUACCUCCGAAAGGGCUGCGGCCCCUCUAGGAGCCCCCCACCCCAAUUCAUUAGGCUAUGCCCCCCCACCCCUUAAUUUAUUUUUAAGCCUGGGCUGGUAGAAAACUCCCCCCACCCCCCCAUUCUGCUUUUAAUCACUGUCAAGAAAUCAUCAAUCACCCCCAGCCCCAUCUCUCCUGGUGAGCCCCCCCUGUCCUGGCACCCCCUGCCCUGGAGACCCCCCUGUCCUGGGACCCCUG